GUGACUAACCCCUGCCUUUUGCUACUUCACCAUGUCUGUCAGAAAGAAUUCCGUUGCCUCUGUGGCCCCUAGUGAAGCCCCCCAAGUAGAUCAGGGUUCCCCUGCGCAGGAUAGGAGGUCCGAGGUGAUCCACCCGGACGACCAUGAGGUGGCACUGCAAAGAUCCAUAUCUAAUGCCAUUAUAACCGCCAUGGGUUCGAUGUCAUCUGCAUUGACCCAGUCUAUAUCUCAGGCCCUUAUGGCGCGCCCUGCUACUACUACCCAGGUUUUGGUCCCACCUCCAGGACCACCUCCUAUUGUCUCCAGAACACCUCAGAUUGAUGGGCCAUCCCCAUCCCAAGACAACGCGCUUCAGUCGCGUAAACGAGCUUGUACCCGCCAGGCAGAAAAAACGCGGGCAUGGAAGACUGCCAGGUCUCUACCUGAGCCUAGGUCAGACUCUGAUAGGGAGUCAGAGGAGGAGACUCAUGACAACGUCUAUGAAUUGACGGAUGAGGUGGAGGACGAUUUGGCGGAUAUUGCUGUGGAUCCGGUUCGUAAUCUAGACCCGGAAGCCCCGUUACUACAACAGGGAUCAGCAGAGGAUCUCUUAUUGGAUCCGUCUGGGGAACCGCUGUUUAACCCCGAGGAGCUGCAUCAUCCUCGCUCCGCGGAAUGGAUGCCCGCCACACAUGUGGCGCAGUAUAUGGAGGCUCGCAUACGCAAUCCGCUUAGUAAGGAAUCGCGUAAUAAGUUGCGGGCGGAGUGCCCUCGUCCUUUAAUACCACACAAAGUGUGCGAGACGCCAUCAGUGGAUCCAAAGAUGGUCCAGUUUCUGGCGAAGACGGGGUUUAACCCCCGUAAAGGGCUAGACGCGGCCUUGAAGGCUGUCCAAGACAAGCUACUGGACAUUACAGGUCCUUUAGCAAAGAUUUUCGAUUUGGCUGAGUCCGCUAUCGCGGCAGGUAGCCAGGUAGACCCUAUAGAAUUGAGAGGUUGGGCCCAGCGAGCCAUAUGCGUAGCGGGUAAUACCAAUACCUCGCUCGCCAUUGAAAGGCGGAAGGCAAUACUAAUUAAGAUCGAGCCAAAGCUCUCGAACUUAGCAUUGACUGAAGCGGGCAAGGACGCCCAGGGGUUGCUCUUUGGCGACUCUUUUAUUAAAGAGCUAGGGAAAUAUGUAGGAGCUUUUACGGCUCUUGAUAAAGCCCAGACUUCGAUGCGUCGAGUCUUUCAAGGGCGUUUUUCCAACAGGGCCGGCAGUGCUAGGGGCCGACUGUCCGGCCGUUCCAACUUUCAUGCCAGAGGUUCCGGCAGAGGCUCCUUUAAUUAUAGAGCAUCCCUCCAGGAUCAGAGACAUCAGCCGUCCUUUUUUCCCUCACGAGGCGCUCCCUUCAGGUCACGAGGUUUCCGAGGGAAUCCAGGCUCCCGUCGACCAUUCGGUAAGUUAUGUUCUUCGUCCCCCUCCUUUUUUAGACCAUUUAGUCGGGGGCAGACUCCGAUUCUUUUCUCAUGUGUGGUCAGGCAUAACCUCAGACCAAUGGGUCCUUUCUACUGUGCAGGGGUUCACAAUAGAUCUGAUUGCCGAUCCGAGCUCCAUCCCAGCCCCCCCUACGGUACCACUGUCCUAUGCGGCACGGUCCCAAUUUCAGAGGGAAUUGUCGGAUCUUCUGCAGAAAGGCGCGAUCGAACGCGCACCGGAGAAUCGUGGGGGUGUCAUCAGCAGUAUUUUCCUGGUGCAAAAGAACAAUUUUGUACAAUACCGACAUUUCAAGAUGGAGGGCAUCCAUCUUUUGAGGGAUCUGCUCCUUCCAGGCGAUUGGUUGGCCAAGAUAGAUCUCCAAGACGCCUAUCUCACGGUCCCAGUGUCCCCCUCUUCAAGAGACCUGCUGCGGUUCCUGUGGAACGGUCAGGCCUGGCGCUUCACCUGCCUUCCGUUCGGCCUGUCCUCCGCCCCCUGGUGCUUUACCAAGAUCAUGCGCCCAGUGGUGGCUUGGCUUCGCAGCAGAGGUGUUCGUCUGAUCGUCUACCUGGACGAUAUCUUGAUCAUGGCCCAAUCACGGGCUCUCUUGUUGAGACACCUCCACUUGACGGUGACGCUCGUUUCCGACUUGGGGUUCAUUGUCAACCAGGAGAAAUCCUGUUUGACCCCCUCCAGAUCCAUAGAGUUCUUGGGUUUCCAGGUGAACUCGGAAGAAUUAUCCCUCAGUCUUCCACUCUCGAAAGUCAAGGCUAUCCGCAAGGAGUUGAAGCAUGCUCUACGCCUACCUCAGAUGUCGUUGCGGCAUUUGGCAAGGAUAAUCGGACUUCUGGCCUCCUCAAUACAGGCCAUUUUCCCAGCCCCCCUCCAUUAUCGUGCGUUGCAGCGCCUCAAAAUUGCUCACCUUCGGUCGGGGGCCUCUUACGCAGAUUUGGUCUCAUUAGAUGCCAAGACGACGGACGAGAUGAGAUGGUGGAUCCACAACCUGUCAGUGUGGAAUGGCAGAGCGAUCAAGAAUCCCAUCUUCACAUCAACGCCCUGGAACUCCUAGCAGGGUCGUUUGCCAUUCGCAGUUUUGCCAAUGGUGUGGUCAGCUCAGCCAUCAGGCUCCGCAUGGACAAUAUAUCUGCGGUCAGGAACAUCUCUGUGGUGGCCGAGUACCUUCCAGGCCUUCACAACACUCUGGCGGACUGGAGUUCUCGCUACAUAUCGGACUCCAGCGACUGGAAGUUAGACGAGACGGUUUUUUCUGCUAUUUCUUCUCUGUGGGGUCCCUUUGCAGUCGACCUCUUCGCUUCCCGUUUGAAUACCCAACUGCCCAGGUUUUUCAGCUGGAGGCCGGAUCCCUUGGCGGAGGCAGUGGACGCUCUGCUUCAACAUUGGGGAGGAGCGUUGAUGUACGCAUUCCCUCCCUUCGCGCUCAUUCCACGAGUGCUCCUUCAGGUUCGUCAGCAGUUGGCGAACCUGGUUCUGAUUGUUCCGUUUUGGAGGACCCAGUCCUGGUUCCCUCAGAUCCUGGAACUUCUAGUGGACUUUCCGUUUCUCCUUCCCACUCAGGUGUCACUACUCCAAGGGCCUGCAGGAGAAGUUCACCCACUCCUGCAGAACGGGUCGCUACGCCUCCUAGCUUGCAAGAUAUCGGGAGUCCAGGAGGAGGCGCUGGACUUUCAGGAACAGCUAGGUUCUUAUUGGACUGCGCUUGGGCGCCCGGGACGAGACGGGCUUAUCGAGCCGCCUGGGGUUCUUGGUCUCGCUGGUGCGUCGACCGGACUCUGGAUCCCGUUACGGCCCCUGUCAAUUCCAUCUUAG